ACAACUCUAAUGAAUAAAAUCAGAUGAAAUUAGCGACAAGAGUUUCGUCGUAACAAGUUUGAAUGUUUGAUUGACUUAUGUAAUUAAUUUACGAGUAAUAUUAACAUUUAUUUCCUGAAAAAAAUCCGUUGGUGAUGGUUAUAAAUAGGAGAGAUUAAGAAAAGGAAAUAAGUAGACGUGGCAAUUAAGGAAAUUAGUGAUUGAGCUAUAACAAAGGCGAGACGUGAGCGUCACUAAUUGAAAUCGAUCCUUAAAUUUUGUGAAAUUGUUUUUUGAAAUAUAUAUGUAGGGUUGAGAAUUCGUCUAGGUGAUCCAACGGUUUAAAACUAUUCUUCUUACAUCCCCUCCUAUUUAUCUGAGGGACGAAGUCUCCACACGCUGCACAUAAUAACGCAGAGAUCAGAAGAAGAACACAAAGACGAAUUAAGAAGGAGCUAGAAAAAUGUCGUGGCAAACUUACGUUGAUGAGCAUUUGAUGUGCGAUGUUGGUGAUGGUCAGGGUCAUCACCUUACCGCCGCUGCUAUCGUUGGUCAUGAUGGUAGCGUUUGGGCUCAGAGCGCUAACUUCCCUCAGUUCAAGGGACAAGAGUUCAGUGAUAUAAUGAAAGAUUUCGAUGAACCGGGUCACUUGGCACCAACAGGGUUGUUCCUAGCAGGAGCAAAGUACAUGGUGAUCCAAGGCGAGCCUAAUGCUGUAAUCCGUGGCAAGAAGGGAGCGGGAGGCAUAACGAUAAAGAAAACAGGACAGUCGUGUGUGUUUGGGAUCUACGAAGAGCCAGUGACACCAGGACAAUGCAACAUGGUCGUGGAGAGGUUGGGUGAUUACCUUCUCGAACAGGGUCUCUAGAAUUCUUCCAUUGCUUUUACAAAAAAUCUUCCCACCUUCUACAUUUUUUUGAACGGCCAUUGUGUUUCUCUCUUUUUGGGUGAUUUACAUCUAUUUUUCUUUUUCUCUCUUCUACUUAAUAUAUUAAGUUUGGGCUAAUUAAUGGACCUUCCUGGUUUCUUCUACCCAUAGAGGCCUUGGUUACUGCUACUUUACAUA